AUGACCACUUUUCAAAUGCCUCCACACCAAUUACAACAAGAUCUAGUAUCUCCACCACCAAAGAUUGAUGAAUUUAUCGCAUAUGAAAAUGGUGUCUUAUUACAAAAUAGAUAUUUAAAAUUAGCAAAUAUUCAAGAUGGUUCUUAUGGGAAAGUUUCUGUUGCUUUAGAUACUUGGGAAAAUAAUCGUAAAGUUGCCAUCAAGUCAAUGUUUAAAUCAAAUAAAGGUGUUAGUGCUAUUGCAAGACAUGAAAUUUCCAUCCUAAAGAAAUUAGGUUCAAAUUGUGAAAAUAUUUGUUCAUUAUUAAAUCAUUUCCAAACUCCAGAUUAUUAUUUCUUAGUUUUUGAAUAUUGUUCAAAUGGUGAUUUAUAUGAUUACCUAAAGAACAUUAAUAAUCAUUUAAAUCCAAAUUUUAAAAAUGGUUCAUUAAUUUUCUUUAAAAAUUUCAUUAAAGAAUUAAUUAAUGCUAUCAAAUAUGCUCACUCAAAGGGAAUUUAUCAUCGUGAUAUAAAACCUGAAAAUAUCCUUAUUGAUUCUCAUGGUUCAAUAAAAUUAACUGAUUGGGGUCUUGCAACUAUGCAAUUGAAAAGUUAUGAUCCAUGUAUUGGUACAGAAAAAUAUAUGUCACCAGAAACUUUUUUCAAAAAAAUCAAGAAUCCAACUCAUUUAAUUUCAUAUAAUUCAAUUUAUUCAGAUUAUUGGUCAAUUGGUAUUACAAUUUUAUAUACAUUGUUUGGUUCAUGUCCUUGGUCAAAAGCAAAUACAGUGGAUUUAAAUUUUAAGAAAUUUUUAUCAAAUCCUGAAAUUUUAUUUAAAAUUUAUCCAAAUUUAACUCAACAUGGGUUUGAAAUUGUUUUAAGUUUAUUACAAAUUAAUCCUGAAAAUAGAUCAAUUGAUUAUUGUCUUGAUUUAAUUGAUGGAUUUUAUAACGUUGGUUUAACUUAUGAUCAAGAAAUUGAUGAUACCUCAAUGGAUAAUCAAUUCAAUUCAUCAGAUGAUUCAUUUAUUUUCGGUAUGGAUGAAUCAUUACCAACAACAACUACAACCUCAACAACUCCAGAAGAUUCAAUCAUGAAGGAUUAUAUUCAAAUCCCUGUAAAACCUCAACAACAACCAGAAUCACAAGAUUUACCACCUUCAUUAGUUUCAAAUUCUUUCCCAACAAAUUUUUCAUGGGCUGAUGAAGUUGAUUUAGAAUUACCAUUUGAUAUUCAAAAAUUAGAUCAAAAUAUAAAUUCUUUUAAACAAUCAUAUAUGAAUAAAAAUCAAGAUACUGGUAUAUUGAGAAAUGAAACUCCAAAAUUUGAAUUUGAUUGGUGUUGA